CGUUGUUCUAUUUAAAAUGGUUCUAAAAUGCACUCCUGUUCUUCAUUUCGUCACCAUGCCUUCGAAAGACUGCACUGCGUGCAAGCCGGGCGACGCUGCGCUGCACCCCGCGGCGGUCGAGGCAACAGGUUGCCGCGAUCUGUACGAUGCCGUUGACGCAUGCAUGAAGAAGCACAGCGGGAGUGUAUCAAAGUGCAACGACGAAUGGCAGGCAUUUCGCGCGUGCCAUCGAAAAGAGCGCUUGACUCGACCUUAGCGACUUACCCGCCUGGACGGAUUCCAUAGCAAGAGCAGUCGACAUGGCCAAUGGUGAUAAUGUCAUGUUGAAGCCUACAUACAGUCCAGCACUCGAUCGUAUCAUCUCGAUAAGUUUUCAUAACCUCUCAAAAUGAACGCAACGCGUGCUGUUAGUGCACCGUCGAGCGUGUGGCAAACGCUUCGGUUCUUCCGUCUCGGCUGCUCCCCUAUGGAUCACAUGAUUGGGAGGAGAAAACCUUGAGCCCUUCGACACGGCAACAUUUGCAUCUUAGUGCGCGAAACGAAAGUCUAAAUAUACCCGGCGGCGCGGCUCCGGGCGGUACAAAAAUAGUCGAGCGAGUCGGCGGCGUGCUCCGAGUGUCG